AUGCAAGCUCCAUUCACGAUAUCAGAUUGCUCGCGGAGGUUGGUCGGAACUGACUCUGCACUUGAGCAACUGAGUUUGCCAUUAGCUUAUGAUGCAAAUGAGGUUCGCUUUAUUGGGGUAAAAGGGAUGGGUGGGAUAGGCAAGACAACACUUGCUAAGCUAACUUUUGAUAACCUUUUCCAUCAUUUUGAAGUUCACUGUUUUCUUGACAAUGUUAGAGAGGUUUAUGCAAGAGAUCAUACUCUAGUUGGUCUUCAAAAGAAACUUCUUUUCCCGAUCUUAAGGGAAAAGAUUGCAGAAAUUUGGGAUGAAGGGUGCGGAAGCAUUUUCACUAAGAAGUGCUUGUGCAAUAAGAAGGUUCUUCUUGUACUUGAUGAUGUGGAUCAAUUAAACCAACUAGAAGGAUUGAAUUAUGUUGAAGCUCUUAAGCUCUUUAGUCUCAAUGCCUUUAGAAAAGAACAACCCGAGGAAGAUUUUUGGGAACUCUUUGAGCAUUUCCUAAAAUUUGCCAAAGGCCUUCCAUUAGCUCUUAAAACGUUGGGUUCUUUUUUGUACACGAGAGGUCAAGAUUCAUGGAAGAGUGAGUUGGAUAAUCUUCAUAAAAUUACUAAGCCAACAGUUUUCAAUUCACUCAAAAUCAGUUAUGAAGGACUAGAGGCGAUGGAGAAGAGAAUUUUUCUCGAUGUUGCAUGUUUCCACAAAGGGAAGCGCAUCACGGAUGUAAUACGAAUACUAGACAGUUCUUUUGGAAUUUCUAGUUGUAUUAUGAUAUAUAUGCUAAUUGAGAGAUCCUUCAUAGACAAGGAUUGCGAAAACAAGAUAGGGAUGCAUGAUUUGAUACAGGAAAUGGCAUGGACAAUUGUUGGUCAAGAGUCUAAAAAUCCUGGUCUACGCAGUAGGUUGUGGCUUCCCAAUGACAUUUUUCAUGUUUUCAUGAGUAAUACGGAUUUGCCCAACUUGAAAUAUAUUGAUCUUACCUUCUCCUAUAAAUUGAUGAGCACCCCAGAUUUCAGUGGUAUUCUAAAUCUUGAGAAGUUGGGAAACAAUUUCGUCAGCCUUCCCGAAAGCAUUAGAGGCCUUUCUAAGCUUCAAUUUCUUAGGUUGGAGAGGUGCAAAAGCCUUCUAGUAUUGCCACAUCUUCCAUCAAAUAUCAAAUUACAUAUAGAUGUAGACAACUGUGCUUCCUUAAAAAGGUUGUGUGAUCCAUCCAAGUUGAGCAUCUGUUUCGCCAAUUUGUAUGAUUUUACUUUCAAUUCUGUGAAUUGCAUUACAUUGGUUCAAGAUGAAGGCUGGAUUAAUACAAUCCUUUCAAGGAUUCUUAAAUUUGCUGCCGAGGGACCCUAUCCAAGUUAUGACAAAAAGUUCACACAGAUUGUAAGCCCUAGAAGUGAAAUUCCAGAGUGGUUCAGUAAUCAAAGUGUGGGGCAUUCAGUAAAUGUGGAGCUACCACCACCAUCAUGCAACAACUGGUUGGGGAUUGCGUUUUGUGUUGUUUUUGAAGAUCCUAAGCAAAACUUGGCAAAUCCAGCUGCCCUUAUUUGUCCUUAUACUCUUCGCCAAUAUGAUGAAUUCCAUAUUGGAGUUUUACCCUGUUUUCCCAAUGUCACAAGUCAGCGCUGUAAAAUAGGGAGUCUUGUGUUGGAACACCUGUGGGUAUUUUAUUUGCCAUCCAAACUAUGUCAAGCUGAGCAGAUUUCAUUCACAACAUUUUAUGAUUAUGAAUGCAAACCAGGCUUAAAUGUAGUGAAGAAGUGUGGGGCCCAUUUGGUGUACGAGCAAGAUUUGGAAGAGCUCACAUGA